CGCAGAGACCCUGAAGCCCUCAGACCCCGGCAGGCAGAGCGACAGACAGACGACAGACAGACGGAGCUGCAGAGAAACAAACCUGAGGACCAGAGACUGAGUUUGAAAUGACGUGCCGUGAGGAGCUACGGAGUCGGCAGUUUUGGCGAGCCAUUCUGGCAGAGCUGCUCGGCACCCUGGUGUUAGUGAGUGCCGUGCUGGGCGCCUCUGUGCCGGGCCCAGGAGAGCUCCCUGGGGGACCCCUGUACCCAGCUGUGGCAGUGGGUGUGGUGAUUGUUUCACUGGGCCACUGUUUUGGAGAAAUAAGUGGAGCUCAGGUGAACCCGGCAGUGACUCUGUCUCUGUUGGCCACUCGGAGGGUGGAUGUCCACAGGGCCCUUUUCUACAUUGCUGUGCAGUGUCUGGGGGCCUCUCUGGGGGCCGGGGCCCUCUACCUGGCCCUGCCGAUGAAAACCACGGCGGAACACUUCGUCAACAGGGUGCCUCUGGAGAUGAACGCGGGCCAGGCGCUGGGUAUUGAGGUUCUGUGCACCUUCCAGAUGGUCUUCACUAUUUUCUCAGUGGAGGACCAGCGGCGGAGGGAGAGUCCAGAACCAGGGAACUUAGCCAUCGGAUUGGCCCACACAGCUGGAGUGUUAAUAGGGGGACGGUUCUCUGGUGCGUGUAUGAAUCCUGCUCGUGCUCUGGGUCCAGCCAUCAUCGUCGGGUUCUGGGAAAAUCACUGGGUUUACUGGAUCGGCCCGGUGCUCGGUGCUGUGCUGGGCGGAGUGUCCCACGAGUUCCUCUUCGCACGCAGCGCCUCUCGCCAGAAGCUGGUGGCGUGUCUGACCUGUAAGGACAUCGACAUCGUGGAGACAGCCAGUAUGACCGGAUCGUCCCUGUCCACGGUCACGCAGAAUGCCAUGAGAGCCAAGCAGGCCAACAAACAAGACGGCAACUGAAGACACAUGCACUUCAAGAGAAAAGACACAUGGGAUCAAUAAUUACAGCAAUAUUACAGUGAUUUGAUGAAGAUGUAUAGUGUACAGUUGAUGUCAUGCAGAUUAGACUGAGCAGGGGUGAAGACCAAAGAAAAGGGAGAAGCUGUGGAAACUGUAACGUAUGAAAACACCACAUGAGGUUAAUGAUAUAAAUACAAUUAAAUGUUACGUGAUAAAUGUUAUAAUAAAAAAGAUAUAGAGGCUGAAGAUGAGAGAGGCUAUUGUACAGUGGCAAGACAAAUUAAAUGAGUUAUAUAAACAUUAUAAAACUUGUAAUAAUAGAAUAAAUUUCACUGCAGAUGCUUAGACCUGUUACAGAACAAAACUAGUUAGGGUAACGUUGAGUUAGUGUUGCUGUUAGGGUUAGGGUUGCGUUAUUGAGUAAGAUGAUUAAAGAUCCAGAACCCACCACAUUUAUUGGAUUAUUGCCUAAAGGGGUUGCAGGUUCAUAGUAAGAUAUCCAGAUGAGUAUGUGUAAGUAAAAUGUACUUGCCCUAAUUUGAACCAUCAACCCUGCAGCUAAAGCCUGAUGCUGUACUGACUGAGCUAAAGGGCCCACAUGAGACUGUUGAAGGUAACCCUGCUGGGUUUAGGGUUAGAAAUAGAAUAGAAUUUUAAGGGACUGUUGGGCCUUUUUCAGAGGUAUGAACUCUAAAGUCUAGUUUUUUUACAUGUUUUGGCCUUUUCUACUGUAACAAGUUUAAAUAUCUGCUGUGAAAAAAGAUUGAAAACUUUGUUUAUAAUUAAUUAAUUAUAUUAUAUUAACACCAGAUAGAUAUAAAAUAUACGAAUCCUGUACUAAAGCAGUCAUAUUUACACGUUGGAUGAUCGGUCAGUGAACUACACACAUGUGAUUGAGUGGAAAAGUAUGAUUUUCACUAUAAGAUGUAAUAGAGAAAACACAGAAAUAAAGAAAUUCAGGGAUAAAAGCAAAUCUGUCAGAGAUGCUUUAUGAAAAUUUAUGAAGAGAUUUAUGAAGAUUUAUGAUUUGAUAGAUUGACAGAAAAUGAUCUUCUGCAGCUCAGCUUUAAAGAGCCUGAUUUCGUCCUCCACUGUAACACUACAACACAAAGUGCAUGUUUAUUAUAUUCUAGGUGGUGGGACUAAAUUGGUGUGGGAGCUGCAUUCUGGCCGAGACCUUUGAGGUCCCAGCACCCUGUCAUUAGUGUCUCUAUGAGUGUCGCCAAUAUUGUGGGACUCAGUAUUGUUACUUUCAUAUUUGCACAUCAUUAGAAUUCAUAAUGGGAACUCAUAGAAAUCCGGCUGAAAACCCCUCAUGUUGUCAGCUGCGCCUCGUGUCUGUGAAUGCUUUGAAAUGCUAAAGAGCUCCUGCCUCCGCGCUGCAGGUUCAAUGACGCCCUCAAUUAGCCCAGCAUCUCUCUCGUGUGUGUGUCUGUGUGUGUGUGUGUGUGUGUGUGUGUGUGUCUGUCUCCUCUCUCACAAACAAAUGGACCUUCAUACCUCUGUAAUGGCUCCACAGAGAGAACUCCUUCAGUGGAAAUACGCUUUGUAAUUUGAAAUGGACAUAAAGAGCGCACUUUUGUGUUUGUUUAGGUGUGUGAGAGACAAUACUUGCUGCUUUCAUGAAACCUUCAUUCAAAUAAUAAUUACCGCAUUCGUUUAGAAUUAUUUUAAAUGGUCGGUUCACUCACACGUUUUUCAUUACGUCUCGUGGUGUUUAGCCGAGCAAAAUUAUUCUGUCCAGUGCUACAAGAGAUUUCUUUUUGUGGAUUUGCACAACUGACCCUUUAAAACACACAUCUAGCAUAAUAAACACUGUAUUCAUUGUGUAUUCAUGGUAGUAUUUGGAGUAAAGCAGAGUUGUAUAUUGUGAUAUCUUGUACAAAUAUAACCAUUUUAGCAAUCUG